AUGGUCCUUUGCCACGCCAGGACAGCCGUUGGCUCGGCUUCGCGCACUUCCCGCGUCGCUUCCUCUCGUCUUUUUUCCACUCAGUCUGCCCUCCGUCAGCAGAUUCAGGAUGCCUACAUUCUCAGUGGUGUGAGGACACCAACGGCCAAGUUCAAUGGCUCUUACACCACCGUUCCUGCUCCCAAGCUCGGUGCCGUUGCCAUCAAAGAGGCCGUCAAGAGGUCGGGCAUCCCCGUUGAGAAGAUCACCGAUGUCUACAUGGGCAACGUCCUCCAGGGCGCUGUCGGCCAGGCCCCCGCGCGCCAGGCCGUCAUCUUUGCUGGCCUUUCCCCCAACGUAGAGGCCAUUACCAUCAACAAGGUGUGCUCUUCCGGUCUCAAGGCUGUUGUGUUCGCUGCGCAAAACAUCCAGCUCGGUCUAGCGGAGGCCCAGGUCGCCGGUGGUAUGGAGAACAUGACAAGGGUGCCGUACUACGUUCCCCGCGCUAGCGGCAUGCCCCCGUUCGGUCACAUCAAGAUGGAGGAUGGCCUUAUCAAGGAUGGUUUGACCGACGUCUACAACGAGUUCCACAUGGGCAACUGCGCGGAGAACACUGCCAAGAAGUUCCAGAUCUCUCGUGAACAGCAGGACGAGUAUGCCAUCCAGUCGUACAAGCGCGCCCAGGCUGCUUGGGCUUCCGGAAAGUUCGCUGAGGAGAUUGUCCCCGUCACCGUUCCCGGCAAGAAGGGCGACAAGAUCAUCGAGGUGGAUGAGGGCUACAACGACAUCAAGCUGGACAAGGUCCCCACUCUUAAGCCUGCCUUCGUCCGUGAUGGCACCGGUACCGUGACGGCCGCCAACGCCUCCACCCUCAACGAUGGCGCCAGUGCUCUGGUUCUCGGCAACAAGUCGCUCGCGCAAGAGUUCGGCAAGGGCUCGAGGGUUCUUGCCCGUAUCGUCAGCCAUGCUGAUGCCGCUAUGGACCCCAUCGACUUCCCCAUUGCGCCCUCCAAGGCUGUUGAGCUUGCCCUCAAGCGUGCCGGCAUCAGCAAGGACCAGGUUGCCAUUUGGGAGUUCAACGAGGCCUUCGCCGCGGUCAUCAAGGCCAACGAGAAGAUUCUGGGUCUUGAGGGCGCUGUAGUCAACCCUCUUGGUGGCGCCAUUGCUCUCGGACACGCCUUGGGUAGCUCCGGAUCCCGCAUUCUUGUUACCUUGCUUCACCAGCUCCAGCCUGGCCAGUACGGUGUGGCAGCCAUUUGCAACGGUGGAGGUGCGGCCACCGCCAUGGUUGUCCAGAGGAUCGAGUCGGUAUAA